AUGGUCACUCCAUUAGCUUUCUCCACUUCCUCCUGUGUCACCUCCUCCUGUGUCACCUCCUCCUGUGUCACCUCCUCCUGUGUCACUUCCUCCUGUGUCACCUCCUCCUGUGUCACCUCCUCCUGUGUCACCUCCUCAUGUGUCACCUCCUACUGUAUCACUUCCUCCCGUGUCACCUCCUCAUGUGUCACCUCCUCAUGUGUCACCUCCUCCUGUGUCACUUCCUCCUGUGUCACCUUCUCCUGUGUCACCUCCUCCCGUGUCACCUCCUCCUGUGUCACCUCCUCCUGUGUCACCUCCUCCCGUGUCACCUCCUCCCGUGUCACCACCUCCUGUGUCACCUCCUCCGACAAAUCAAAAAAAGGUUCGAUAUUAUUCUUUGGUUCUUCCAUUCUAAAUUGA